UUAACGUCAUUUUGUUCGCAAGCUAUGAUGACAACUAUCUUAGAUAAAUAUGUCGGUGGAUGAAAUAGUUUCUACAUUUCAUUGUAGCCUUUACAGACCGAAACGGUGAAAUAAGUUGCUCGUAGGAACUGAGACUUAAGUAGUUUGUCAUCAAAAUCACAAGAAGCUAUCUAACGAUAGCUUAGCUAACGUUAACAGCGAUGUUGCUCGCGUGUUGAUACCAGUUUAUAUUAUCAUUUUUAAAAAAAUAGAAUGGACCGCGGAAACCUAGGCAGUAGGUUGAAAUUCAGUUUGUACUGCAAGCAAAACAAGGUAAAAGACACAAUGGAGACUGUGGAACCUCAUGGAUUUGAAAAAUGUGGACAGAGUGUCUCAGACAGUGGCUUGUUUACCUCGCACCCCUGUUCAGAAAGGCUAACCCCUCCAUCGAGUAAAAAGCAGUUGGGGAACUACAAGUGCUCUCAAUGCAGUGAGCUUUUUACCAAGCCAGGUGUCCUGAAACACCACUUUAAAAUCAGCCACUGUGGACAACAUGACCCUGAAGGCCAAUUCCCCUGCACUGAGCAAGGCUGCCAGUUCAGCAGCACAGACCGUCAGGAAUAUCAAGCCCACCUGGUGUCUGCUCAUGGUCUCACUCUUGUUCCUUGCACCCUCAAGUCUUGCAAAGUGUCAUUCCUCACACAGGGGGAGAUGGAGACACACUCGCGGGGCCACAUGCCCUUCGGCUGCUUUCAGUGUCAGUUUGUCACUCAAAACGCAAAAGACCUGAGCGACCACCUCUUGGAGCAUCUACCACCUUGUGCUCAAGGGAACGAGACUGCAGCCACAACUGUUUGCACUAAAGGAAGCCCCCAGUCUCAAGUGUUCGGCAGGCCAAAAAGAAAACUGAUAUCUAACCCAGCUUAUGCAUCAUCAUUGCCAGAAGACGGGAAUGAGGAACAACCCAAGAGGCAAAGGCACAAUAUUAAAAGAGUGAGAAAUACAGUGGAAAGAGACAAAGCUUCAGCAGUGGAUGCUGCACCACCGCCAUCCAAAGAGUACCUUGCAGAGGGAUCAGAGCACACCUAUCGCACCCACACCUGCCCCAAGUGUCGGCGCUGCUUCAAGAUGCGCUCCCACCUGCAGGAGCACCUGCAUUUGCAUUUUCCUGACCCCAGCCUCCAGUGUCCCACCUGCAAGCGCUACUUCACCAGUAAGAGCAAGCUACGCAUACAUCGACUCCGUGAGGCGGGUGAGAAGGUUCACCAUUGCCACUUGUGUGAAUAUUCUGCCGUGGAGCGUAACGCAAUCCGACGGCACCUUGCCAGCGUGCAUGCUGACGAGGCAGAAGAUGGCGUAAACAGCUAUCCCUGCCCCACCUGUGGUCAAAGCUUUCGCCAGAGCAGGUCGCUUAAGGCCCACAUGAAGACGCACAACAUCCUGUCAGACAGCAAGCAAGUGGCCUGUUUCCAAAAGGGUUGUUCUUUCCAGAGUUCUGUGCGCAAAGACCUUCUCAGACACUCUGCUGAGGUGCAUGGGGUCAGGGCUGUAGAGUGUCGCCAUCACGCCUGCUGUGCCGUCUUCCAAAGUGAGACGGACAUGGAGGCUCAUUAUCGGACACACCUCGCCUACCACUGCCCGCAGUGUGAUUUCUCUUGUUCCAAUAAGACCGCCUUCCUCCAGCACCAGCGGCACGGUCACCCAGGAAAUGACCAGCUUUGCUGUGACUUUUGCUCCUUCGUCACAUUCAACCCUGUGGAGUUCGAGCAGCACGUUGGACAUUUGCACGCCAACGAGAAGAUCCAUCGCUGCUCUCAGUGCAGCUACGUGACCGCGCACAAACGGGGCUUGAAGCGACACAUGCUGAUGCACAGUGGUGAGAAGCCCCACAAGUGUAGCCUGUGUGACUUCAGAUGCCGAGAUGAGUCCUACCUCUCUAAACAUAUGCUCACCCACUCAGACGACAAGAACUUUAUGUGCGCCGAAUGUGGAUACGUCACUAAAUGGAAACACUAUCUGAAUGUCCAUAUGAGGAAACAUACUGGAGACCUCAGGUAUCAGUGUGACCAGUGCCCCUACCGCUGUCACCGCAUGGACCAGCUUAAUAGCCACAAAUUACGACAUCAAGCCAAAUCACUAAUGUGUGAGAUCUGUGCUUAUGCCUGCAAACGCAAAUAUGAGCUUCGCAAUCACAUGUUGGCCAAACACUCGGGAAAGGAGAAACAGCCGUCUGUCUAUAAGUGCAAAUAUUGCACAUACACUACCGGCUACAGACAAGCCCUUCAAAACCAUGAGAACUGCAAACAUACCAAGCUGAAAGAGUUCCCGUGUGCCCUCUGCUUCUAUUCCUCUUUCAGUAGCAUCAGCCUCUUCCUGCACAAGAGGAAAGCUCAUGGCUACGUACCUGGGGACAAAGCAUGGCUCGAGAACUACGCUGCAAAGGAGAAGGAGAGGAACUCUAUCGAGUUCUUGCAGGACUUUUACAAUAAACCCUCAACAGCUCAUGAGCAGUCUGAACAAUGCACCUCUGAAGGACCUCCACCUUCUCAAGGAGAACUAUCCGAUCUUCCUGACUCAGCAGAUCACAGUGCCAGCAAAGGAUCUGCAGCUGGUUCACAAACGGUGGAUUCUGAGGAUGUUUUCAAUGUUUCUCAAGAGGUUGUUAAAGAAGGUAUUUCAGACAGUCCUCGAUCUGGGAACAGUCCUGAGGAGUACUGUACUCUUGUUUUAACAACACUAUCAACCGCUGACUAUCAGACCCCUUCUUUGCAAAAUCAGGAAGAAGAUUGUGCAAAUCACACUCCAAGCUCGACCAAUUUAAACCGCAACGGCGCUGACAUAUCACAAGAGAAGGCAGACCGCUCUACAUCAGAGGAAGACAAUAUAGCAAUGGCAGAAUGUGAACAAAGUGACGUAGAUGACAACUAUGAGCGUCUGAAUCAUACAAAUCAACCAGUUGAACCUGGGGAGUGUCAAACCCCUGAGGUGGAGAUUGAUGGUGAAACGAUCAGUUCCAUUCUUCCGUCUGAGCCAAAUCAGCCAUCAGAAUCUGAGAUACGUUUAAAAGCUAUGAAAAAGCACGACAAGGACCAAGCAGAGGCCAUGGUUUUGGACGGAAGGGUUCAGAUGCUUGUUGUGCCAACUGAAGACGUUUAUCACUGCAACAAAUGCUCUUAUGUAACCAGUAAGGAAACUGCCUUGAAGUCCCACUGCCAGGCUUUGUGCAACGGUAGGAUAAAGGGACACAAGUGCCAGGCCUGUGGUGCACAGUUCAAACAGAGGCGAGGCCUUGAAAGCCACCUUGCAAAGAAGUGCCCAGCAAUUCCACGAAAAACCAGGACAUUUGAAGGCAUUUCAAAUACUGCAGAAGACUCUACUGUAGGUCAGGAGGGAUCCAAACAACUGGACGAUGAAACUAAUUCUGAUCAGACAGAGCAUUCACAAAACACUCUUUCCACAGAUUCAAACGAUCAAGAACAAGGAGGUUUUACAUCACAUGAAUCAGGACAGCAGCAAAGCAAAAUUCCGACAAAAAAGCUUUUGAAAGAUAAACUUGCAAAAAAGCAAUUAUUGUCUAGUAACAAGCAAAGAAAUGUCCCACUGCAGAAGUCCCUUCAUGCUAAAAAAGAUGGUAAAUUCAAAUGCAAGCUGUGCAAUUUUUCAUCAGUCAGGCUUGCAACAGUCGAACGGCACUUCUCAACCUGCAGAAAACUGUUAAGGAACAGCGAGAGUCAGAUCAUUCCAGAAGUGGAGGAUGAGUGUGGCAGCGAGUCGCUCAAAGGAAAAGAGCACUUGGUGGAAGAGUACAAUGACGGAACUGGGAAGGUUUCUGAGAAACAUGCAAUCUUCUCUUGCUCAAGUUGUGCUUUUAGGUGCAAUCAGAAAAGGGCGUUGGACAGUCAUGAAAAGAGAGGCUGCAUGAUGCCGGAUGAAGUCCAAUGCACCAUGUGUUCAUUUGUAGCCAAAUCUAAAAUGUCUUUGGCGCGUCACAUCCUGUGUGUCCAUAACAAAAACAAGGUUGGUGUUGCUAAACAUUUGUAUUGCCAGCAUUGUACUUUCACCUGUAAACAAGAUCGAUGCAUGUUGCAACAUGUGGCGCUCAAACACAAAGGAGCACAACCUCACCAUUGUCGAUAUUGUCCUUUUAGCACCACAAGGCGCUAUCGCUUGGAAGAGCAUGAGUCUCUCCACACAGGAAUCGGCCGUCACAGCUGCGACGUGUGCGACAAGACCUUUGGGGCUGUGACCAAAUUGCGCCAGCACAAGAUGCGCAUCCACGACAAACAGCCGACACACUUCUGCUCACUCUGUGACUUCAGUGGCUACACGCUUGACGAUGUAAGACGGCACAAUCUCAGAUGCCAUACAGGGGAGUUGCACCAUGCUUGCACUCAUUGUGACUCUCAGUUUAGUUCGGAAGUUGCCCUAAGAAACCACUGUAAACGUGUGCACCAGCUCCAGGUCAGUUUCUCGUGUAAGCGGUGUGACUACACCUGUGGCAGCGAGGUUACUCUGAAGACCCACCAAGAGAGCAAGCACCCUCAUGUGAAGUGCAACACCUGCCUGGAGUCUUUUAAGACAAAAGAGAACCUUGAGAUUCAUCAGAGAACCCACCUGGCACAUCAGUGUCAGCUGUGCCCCUUUGCUACCAAAACAAGGCAGCUAUUAGCACAACACCUUCUGAACCAACACGAGGACGGCUCUCCAGAGGACAAGCCUCUCAAGUGCAACUCUUGUCAGUUUGCUUGUCGGCAUCAGCUGGUGCUAGAGCAGCACCUCCGUUCACAUGGAGGCAAGCGUCUGUACAAAUGCACAGACUGUGAGUAUUCAACCCGGAACAAGCAGAAGAUCACGUGGCACAUUCGCAUACACACGGGAGAGAAGCCUUACAGCUGUGAGCAGUGCACUUACACCUGCACUGACCCGUCUAGGUUGAAGCUUCACAUGAGGGUUCACCAAGAAGAGAAGAAGUACCUUUGUCCAGAGUGUGGCUACAAAUGCAAGUGGGCGACUCAGCUGAAGUACCACAUGACCAAACACACAGGGGACAAGCCAUACGCCUGUGACGAGUGUGACUACCGCACUAACAGAGCGGACGCCCUGCGAGCCCACCGGGACACGCAGCACUGCGACUUGCGGCCUUAUGUCUGCGAGAAAUGCGGCAAAGCGUUCAAGACUAGUUUUAUACUAAAGACCCACCAGCACCAACACAGUGACGAUCGACCUUAUACGUGCGGCUUGUGCCACAAGGCCUUCCGGUGGCCGGCAGGACUCAGACAUCACUUCCUCUCGCACACCAAGCAGGAGCCUUUCUGCUGUCGCCACUGCUCCUACAGAGCCAGACAGAAGUUCCAGGUGGUCAAGCAUUUGCAGAGGCACCAUCCAGAGAUGUCAGUGGAGCAGGGGGUGCUGAAGGACUCUGGAGCAGUUAGCCUGACCCUGAAGGAGGCCUUGCAGGGGACACUGAGUGAGGAAGCAGCACAAGUGGAGGAGGAGAAAGGAACGGGCGCCAAGGUGCAGGAAGUAGUCGAGGAGGUUUUACAGAGAGAGGAAGACAGCGAGACAAAACGCUGAAGAGAGGGCACAAUAGAGGCAGUGGUCAGUGGAUGGUUAUCAUAACUCAAUAUUUAUAAUUGACCACUUCUGCCACACAUCGCCCCCUGCUGGCCAUUAGAAAUAAUACAGGUUUAAGGAACUUACUUUUCAGAGCCAAAGCUACGUCCACAUCUUUCAUACAGUCUAUGAUCAGUACAUAUUGUUAAAUGAGAGAAUGUGGAUUGAAAGAAAGGAAGUGUUCUGUGAUUAAGAAACCAUGUUUUGUUUUAUUUAAAGUCCUUUGAUAUUUGCUUGUGAUGAAGAACUGUAGUAGAUAAAGUGAAUAAAUGAACUUGAACAAUGAA